ACCUUACAGUUAAGUCUUAACCACAAAAAAAGACCACAUAAUCAUGGUUUCUUUAACGUUUCAAUAAAUAAAGCUUAUUUUAGUAUGUCUCAAAAAUCAGACCUUUGUCACUGGGGCAGUACCCUCAAAAGGACAUCUUUGUACAUUAUUUACCUCUAAAAGUUUCACAGUACACUGUUUUAAUAGGUUAAGGUACUAAUAUGCACCUUUUGAGUGACAAAUUGUUGUAUCAGUUGUAUGGCAGUGUAUCCUAAAGAUCAUAUUAUCAUCUUGACCACAGUUAAUAAUUAAAACUCAUUUACCUUUAAUAUUCAGUAUUUAAGAUAGUCGUCUGUGCCCUACUGGUUUAGAUACAAGUUAUUUUAUUUAUUUUAAACUUUAUAAGGUGGUUUCACAUCAAGAUUAGAACAAACAAUGAGCCUACAACAUUAUAUCCUAUUAAUGAAAACGAAAUGUUCAAAAUUAUCCACCAUCACCCAUCUGACAACAAACAAAGUGUAAUGCAAGUGUGUUUGGUUUUGUUGCAGUGUGUACAACCUUGAAAUCCAGUCGCAAACAACAUAAUCACUCUGGUUUCAGCAAAUUUGGACAGUGUCCAGCAUGGUCAACACACCCUUUGUGCUCUGAUGAGGAGAGGGAGGAUAAAUGUCCAUCUGGAUGUCAACUGGAGGGUCUUAUAAAUUUGACAGAUGAAGACAUUCAUAAACGAUUGAGAAAUAUUUGUGGAAGCAUUCAUCAACAUCAGGACAUCACCUCAUCAGUAAUGCAAAUGAGUGUCCAGCUUUAUGGGUCACAAAGAAAAGCUUUCAUCCAAACAUAUAUGCAGGAGCUCAGAUAUGCUGAGUUUGCAGAAGAACUUCAUAGAAACCUAACAUUCCUGCACACGAGGUCUACAGAACUUGCAGAAGACUUAUGGAAGCAUCAUCACAUGAUCCGGGAUCAGAUCAAUGAAAUUCGUCGAACUGAGGUGGACAUUGACAUCAAAAUCCGUGCGUGCAAAGGAUCAUGCAAGCAAACCUUUGACCAUGCCGUUGAUAACGAAGUAUUCAAAGCUAUGGAGAUCAAAAUGGCGCAGUUCAGCGUGAUCUCGAAGAGGCGGAAAUCAUUCGCCAAAGUCAAAAAACUAAAACUUCAGUCUGCUGAUAGGCCCGCCGUGUCCCCCACUUACCGUAAGAUUCCCAUUGUUCGCGCCGAGCUUCUCACAAAGUUUGAAGACAUUGGGCAGCAUCAGGUGGUUUUAGAUGAACUCCUUGAAAAUUAUUAAUCAUAUUUAUGUCUAGAUUAGUAAGAUGAGGGAUUGUUUUUAUAACGCGAUAUGGUUUGGUAAUGUGAAUACGAGCUAUUUGCUACAUAUUUAUGUAAAGAUCACGUGUGCCAUUUAUUUUGCCAAUAUCACCUUAACAGUUUCAUGUUUUUAUUUUAUAUCGAACUUAUGUCAAAAAUUCCUGGUGUUAGAAAAUAUUUUGUUCCUAUAACAGCAGAAAAAAAAGACUAAAACAGCUGUGCCUUAGCAAGAAGCAAAUGUGAAUGAGAUACAGUAGUAAUGUAUAAAUGCCAUUUCACAAAUAUACCUCAUUAAAAUCUUUUUAAUGUGCCAAUAAAACAUCAUUUUUCAUAAGGCC